GAAGCCGGGACAAAGGGAGAAAGAGAGUGCGCAGAGACGAAAGCAUGCAGGGAGGGGUGAGUGGAUGUCGUCAGAGGCCCAGCAGUGCGCAGGCUCAGUGUGAGCUGGACUGGAAAAUAGCGGUCUGUGGGAGGACGGAGGGAAGGGAUCCAGAGUCCUGAGCUGUCCACACGCUGCCAUCUUUACCUCUCUGAUUUGUUUCGGAAUGAGUGUGAGUCCUGCUGCUCAUCACCAGUUAUUCCCUCUCGGAAAGACUCAGAUCCUCUUCAUCUGAGAAGCUUCGUCUAUUGCAGGGCUCCCAGAGCAGCCUGACGGGGACGCCAUGGAAGCCCCUUUAGUGUGCUUGGAUGAGGAGUUUGAGGACCUUCGGCCGUGUCGGAUGGAGGAUCUGGACCAUCCGGCUCUCAGCCACUCCUCUUUCUCCACCACCACGGUCCCGCUUGCCUCCAUCACCCGAGAGGACUUCUCUGAGCUGGAAAACUUCUCUGAGAUGAUGAGCUUCAAGUCCAUGGAGGACCUGGUGAACGAGUUCGAUGAGAAGCUCAAUGUCUGUUUCCACAACUACAACACCAAGACUGAAGGCCUGGCGCCCAUACGCAGCCAGUCCCACAACCAAGAGGAUGAAGAGCGCCUGCAGGAUGAAGAUGUGUGGGACGCGUUAACCGACAACUACAUCUCCACCUGGGACGCCACCAACUCUGAGGGACUCAACGGCAACCUUUCAGACCGUGAGAUUUGUGAAAAAGACGAGGAGGAGAUGAACGAGAAGAACGACAACGCCAACUGCCUGAACGAUGAGCCGCUCAUCACAGCAGAUCAGGUCAUCGAGGAAAUCGUUGAGAUGAUGGAAAACUCUCCUGAUCCUGGUGAAACUGAGGAGGAGGAUGAAGAGGAGAGCAGCCACUGCUCCUCCAGAACCAACCCCUCCCUGCUGGAGGAGAUCAGGCAGCUGUCACAGGCCUCCAACAACAACUGCUCCUACGAAGGCCUGAGCUUGAUGCCCAGCUCGGCGCUGGUGGAGCUGCUGCACCGAGUGGAGGCAGCCAUCCGCGAGUACUCCGAGGAGCUGGUCAACCAGCUGGCUCGGAGGGACGAGCUGGAGUUUGAGAAGGAGGUGAAGAACACCUUCAUCACUGCCUUGAUGGAGGUUCAGAACAGGCAGAAGGAGCAGCGAGAAAGCAACAAGCGCAAGCGCCGGGACAAGGCCCUGAGCCUGCAGGGAGGGGGGACCGUGACCACGAACGGGGGCAACUCAGGGGUCACGGGGCGCACCGAAAAGACGGGAACCAUGCCUGUCAAGCGCUUCAGCAUGGAGGGAUUGUCCAACAUCCUGCAGACGGGCAUCAGACAGACAUUCGGAAGCUCAGGAAAUGACAAGCAGUAUCUAAACACUGUCAUCCCAUAUGAGAAGAAAGGUACCCCACCAUCUGUUGAUGACCUGCAGAUGCUCACUAAAAUUCUGUAUGCCAUAAAGGAGGACAGUGAGAAGGUGCCUACACUGCUGACUGACUACAUUUUAAAAGUCUUGUGUCCAACCUAAAGCAGCACCAGGCCACAGGCAGAAGUGUGACGGAGGAAUCCUUUCCCAGGCUUCUCCAAGCUUUUCUCCUCUGGCCCAACAUGCAUGAGCCCCCAUUUUUCAUUAUUAUCAACCAUGAAUCCUCAUCGCCAACAUGAUCUUGUUUAACUAGACCACAACUACUGCCUCUCGCUGAGCGCACCUCCUCCCUUCAUGCUUAAUGGUUUCAAGCCAAACACAGAACAAGUGGGACGGCUCACAUUUACAGGACUUCACUACUGGAGCAUGAGUACAGCAACAAUCUCAAGAUCAGUGUGGUACAGGGAUGCAGUGUUCUCACUGCUUCAGUGUCUUUCAUCUUAUGUCUCAUAGCAGCCAAGUUUCAAUGUCGCACGUGACCAGGCCUCCACCCGUUUGCCAUGCUCCACUACCAGAACCCACCGGAGAGCCGAUGACUUUUUUCACUGGUGCAAACGAACUAUGAUCCACAUUUUCCAGUUUUGUUCCAGUGAUUUCUUCAGAUCUAAAAGCCAUGGACCUUUUUCUGCCAACUGAGUACUGUAGCUUCACUAGAAUGCAAACAAGCACACUCCUUCAGCAGGAGCAGUUCAGUGCAUUCCAAAGCUUCUUUCAACAUCUCCAAAUCCAGUGCUCUUCAGCCUUUUUUGUCCAAAUCUUUGUUUCUCACUCUUGUCACAUUCAUGUAGAGCUUGAUCAUAGCAAACGCUUUGGAUUAUGUUCCACCUGAGCAGUCUGUAGUUGUAUCAUUGAGUCUUCCAUCAUAUCAUCUCCUAGUGAGAGAAGCUCUUUCCUGUCAGGUGACUGCAUUUACACAUUAGCCUAUUUAUGACUUUCUUUGCUCCAUGUAAGUGAAUGUGCAAAUUCUAAUAAAACAUUAAAUCCUUACGA